UUGACAGGACGACCUGAGCGUUUUAAUAACCAGCGAGUCGCGAUAAUCAGCGCAUUCGCGUCUGACAAGGAAUCUUUACACCUUAUUACAGUUUAGAUAAACUUUAUUCUAACCUGCGAAGAUGUUCAACAGCUUCCUCAGGGACUUUGAAGAUGACCCUUUCUUUUCUGAUCCUUUCCGUGCGCACAACGAACGCAUGCACCACAUGAUGAGGGGUUUCUCGGAUCCCUUCAACCACGGCUUCAUGCCCAGUAUCACAGAUGGCCGGGACAGAGGACACAGGGGAGAAGGUCAGGCCCACACAAGUGUAGCCCGCCGCAACGAGCACAGAGACAUGGAUUUCUUAAGGAACCCUUUUGCCAUGAUGGACAACAUGAUGCCAGGCAUGAGGAACAGAAACUUUGAGAACAUGCCUUCAGACUCCAACACGCACGCAUUCAGCUCCUCCUCAGUCAUGACUUACUCUAAAGUAGGAGAUGAGCCAGCCAAAGUGUUCCAGGCCUCCAGCCAGACACGCUGCGUCCCUGGAGGGAUUAAGGAAACAAGACGGACUCUGAGAGACACCGAGAGUGGGGAAGAAAAGAUGUCCAUUGGUCACCACAUUAAUGACAGGGGACACGUCAUUGAGAAGAAACACAACAGAAAAACAGGAGACAGAGAGUUUAACCAGGACUUUCAGAACAUGGAUGAGACUGAAGCCCAGGCCUUUGACGAGGAGUGGCAGCAGAAGGUGUCUGAAUUUCAGCCUGCUGCGCAGCUGUCCCGUCUGGAGGCCCCAAGAGCAAGAGUGGCUCACCGAGCAGCCAUCACCGGCCCUGAACACGCACACAGAGGAAAAGAAACAAAACCAAGAGAAGGUGAGAAGAAAAAACAUGUUUCUGAGCUCAGCAUUCAAGGAUCCAGCAUGAAGAAGUAAAAACUUUUACAAACUGAAAAAACUCUGAUGGACAGCAUCUCCCUGACGAUUUUCAUGCCAGUCCUUUUGUUGUUCUGUGUUUCAGUGCAUCUUUUUUUUCUGUAAUGAAAUCUAGACUAAAGCUAUCCCUCCAGAUUUGUUGGUAAUUUUACCUCUUCAUUCUUUGUUUUUAUAGGCGUUUCAGAAAGGAAACAAAAUGUUACCUGUACAGUUAAGUUGAUUGCUAGUGUAUCCAUCAUACAGCAUAUAUGUGUAGACAUUUAGUUUUCAUUCUCAACACUCUCUCCCUCCAUCUUUUGACAAAGAUUUUACUUGUAUUCUUAAGUGUCAUUGUGAUUUAAUUAAAAAGAGCACAAAAUAUAAGAAUGGGUUUCCCCCUAAUUAGUGCACUUAUGAACACGUACUUGUGUGCAAUUAACUAUUAUGGCCAUCUGUUUUGGAAAAGUAUGAAUUUGCUUUACAAUUGCCCAUUUGUAAAGAACUACAAA